AUGGGGGCAGAGAAUACACAUGUCUCUUGGAUCUUCGCCAUCCUCUGUUUGGGGAGCUUGCUGACCACUGUCACCUGGUACUGGCUCGACAAUGACCUGGAAUUUUAUAAACCACCUCGUCCAAAGAGAGGUCACGGCAAGCUGAGUGAUGUUUGUAAAGGCUGCAGGAAGGUCAUCGACAAAGUAAAAAAGCGUUAUUCUCAAACCUGGAAGAAGCAAGAGGACAAUUCCCUAAAAUUAAGAUCUCGGCUGAGAAAGCAGUGCAAUGGCUUCGACAAGGCCAUCAUCACCCAGGCAAACACUCCGAUUGGAUCAGAGCUUGUGUUCAACGGUGACGGGAAGACUCUUCAGGUUACCAAGGAGAUUUUCAGGACUUUUGCAAAGGAGAAUCCUUUCAAGACAAGACUGGACACGUGUGCUCUUGUUGGGAACGGCGGUAUCUUGACUGACAGCAGGUGUGGAAAGAGCAUCGAUUCAGCUGAGUUUGUAAUGAGGUGCAAUCUACCGCCUUUGAAAGAUGGCUAUGAGGAACACGUGGGCAUCAAGACUGAUCUUGUGACAGCAAACCCAAGCAUUCUCGAACACAAAUAUGAGUCUCUAAUGAAUCGCCGCCUUCUGUUUGUGGAGAGUCUACAAACCUACGGGAACGCUUUGCUUGUCCUUCCUGCCUUUUCAUUUAGGUCCAAUACUGAUUUGUCCCUGCGGGCCGCUUACACAGUUGAGGAAUUUAACAGCCCUGCUCGACCAGUCUUCUUCAACCCUGAGUACCUUCAGAAUGUUUCUCUCUUCUGGAGGAACGAGGGCCUGAAACCAAGACGUCUCAGCACUGGCUUAUUCAUGACUAGCUUAGCACUGGAAAUCUGUGACAAUGUGGAACUGUAUGGGUUCUGGCCUUUUGGUAAUCAUCCAUAUGAUUAUUAUUCCCUGUCUAAUCACUACUACGAUGACAUGAAAGUUAAGGCAGUCCACGCCAUGCCUGCUGAGUUUGACAUCUUGUUGAAGCUGCACAGUGAGGGUGUGCUCAAGCUUCAUCUGAAAAAUUGCUGA